AUGGCUGCAUUGUCUAAUACGGGCAUUUUCGGGAGUGCAGUUGCGGCGGCACUGGGGAGGCAGAGUGGCGGAGAGAGUGGAGGGUCGGGGGAAAGCUCGUUGAGUCAGAAAAUGAACCGACACAGCGCCUCCGCCAGCAACCUUCCGCCUCGCACCUCGGUUUUCGAUCGCAUUGAGGGCGGCAUAGAGGGUCUGCGGCUCGUCACUGCAGCCUCCUCAGGCCCUGCGCGGCGAGUCGUCGACUCCUCGCGCAGAAGACUCGUAGUUGACACCAGCGUGGACGAAGGCGACGAUGACUGGGCAGCCGGACGCUUCGGUCCUGCCCGCCGGCGAGGCCACGGCGCAAGAUCUGCAGCGGAGAGGUCGUCUGCUGCGUCCAGCCCUUACGGGCGGAGCCGGCCGCGGCCGCGAACCGACGGCAUGUGGCGCCACGAUCUGUUUGAGGAAGGGGGCGGCAACGUGCCUGGGAGGCGCGCCGCAGGCGACGCUGCGGGCCGCAGCGCGCGCGACAACUGGGACCACGAUUUUUUCGAGGGAGACGUCACUAGCUGCCCGGGGUCGUCGGCGUUUAUUCGAGGGCUGCCGGACGGCAUCCGAGAAAGCGACUUGCGCGACAAGCUCUCCGUCUGCGGGACUGUCGUCACCGUGAAGCUCGAAGGCGGGCGGCUGCCCACAGCUCGCGUGUCUUUCCUGGAGCGCAGCGCGGCGCGGAAGGCCGUGCAGCGCUUCCACGGCAGCCGCAUGCGCGGCGCGGGGGCUGGCGUCGUUUCCUGCGUCCUCAAGGUCGCAGAACUCGACAAAGCGAGGCAGCCUGAAUCCGCCCCAGUCAAUGACGACGCCGACGGCUCCUCCUACAUGGAUGACGUUUCAGUUGACCCCCGGGCGCGGCCCGCGGAGUAG